AUGACAAAUAUUUAACACUCUCAUAAAAAAACGCUUUAAGACCUGAAGAUGUGCAAAACAAUAUGCUCUUUUUUAGCCAGAAUCUGAGUUUUUUUGCCAUCCGGAGUAAGCUAAGAGAACCCACUUUUUGUUCCCUACUUUUUAUCCAAAAGCAAUGGGGUUUUAGUAUUUUAUUCGGAAAAUGAAGGGCCUGAACCAAAAUAUAAACCAUUUCUAGACAAUAAUACACAUUUGGCAAAACAUAUUUCAAGAAAAAAAAAAAAGGUAAAGUCUCUGAAUGGCUUCGUUGCGGCAAAAGAAGAAGCAACAUCCGGCGAAGAGGGCAUGGAAAAAUUUCACAAACAUGGUCAAGUCCAAAUUUAGAGACAUGGAGAUCGCUUCAUCGGUCAGAGAAUCAACGGCUCGUGUCUUCCGGUUCAUCUCUCGCCGUCUCAUCGUUCCUUUUAGAACAAGGUACCUCCAAAACAAUAGGUAUACGGACAAAUACUACUACAGCCGCAACGAAAGUUCCCGGCAGUUUCUCAACUUCUCCUCUCGAUCUCUCACUAAACCAAAACGUCGUCACUAUGGAUACGAGGAUGACUAUUACUCUCAAAUCUAUCAAUACCAAAGCCAAAGCCAAACACGUGGCGAUGGGACGAGUGGUAGCAAAUCGAAAGUUGUGGGGACAAAAGAGGAGAAAAAGGAAGAAGACGAAGAUGGGAUGCCGGAGAUUGCUGAUUCGAUGGAAGAUGCUUGGAGGAGAGUGGUGGCUGCGUCGCCGCAUUUGCAGGUUGACGAGAGAGCCGACGAGUUCAUCUACAAGUUUAGAGAAAGUAUGAAGAUAGAGAAAGAGAGGUCGUUUCUUGAAUACCAAGAAAGGUUAAAACGAAGUGCUUGAUCGAUCACUCUCAUCGUGAUUGUGUCCGAUGAUGUCCUUCUUCUGAUUUCUCUUGAUCAAAUUUUCUAAAAGAACUUUGUUUUUUUUUUUUUCACAUUUUUUCUUCUUUGUUAAAAAAUUCGUGAAUUUUCAAAAGUGUUAACAAACUCUUUUCUUCAUUUUGUUUUUCCGUUGUAAUGUGAAUACAUAUGGCUCACCGUUCUAAAUUUUUUGUGAAUGUAUAAACAUUCUUCUUCUGCAUAGAUAAUUUCACUUCAAUAUAAUACUUUUAUUAAGCAAA